UUCUUAUAAUUUUAAAGGUAGCAGUGAUGGUUCUGAACUCAGUGAAGAGACUUCCUGGCCAGCAUUUGAAAGGAACAGGUUGUACCAUUCUCUCGGUCCGGGAACAAGAUUGUCACGAAAUGGCUAUCGAGGCCACAUGAAGGCCAGCAGCUCUCUAGAAUCUGAAGAUUUGGCUGUUCAUUUGUAUCCAGGAGCAGUUACUAUUCAAGGUGUUCUCAGGAGGAAGACUUUGUUGAAAGAAGGCAAAAAACCUACAGUAGCGUCUUGGACAAAAUACUGGGUAGCACUGUGUGGAACCCAACUCUUUUACUAUGCUGCGAAAUCUCUGAAGGCUACAGAGAGAAAACAUUUCAAAUCCACGCCGAGUAAGAAUGUGUCAGUGGUGGGCUGGAUGGUGAUGAUGGCAGAUGACCCUGAGCAUCCGGAUCUCUUCUUAUUGACUGAUUCUGAGAAGGGAAAUUCAUAUAAAUUUCAAGCUGGAAACAGGAUGAAUGCAAUGCUGUGGUUUAAACACCUGAGUGCUGCCUGCCAAAGCAACAGACAACAGGUUCCUGCCAACUUGAUGACCUUUGAAUAAUAGUGUAAUUUAAAACAGAAAAAGAACAAUUUGAACCAGCUCAUAAUUGAGAACGAGGUCUUGAUGAAAAAUGUGCCAGCUGUAUUCUGUGCCAGAGCAGAGCCUGUCAACUUGAUCUCUGAACAAUGGAGCCCUGAACAAAACCACUAAUGGUUGGGGAGCAGAGACCCCACAUUAAAAAUGGAGUUGCAACAUGAAUUGCCAUGGACCGUGCUUCGUUAUAUUCUCUGAACUGACCUGUGGAAACCACUGCCUUAAAGAGUGAAAGGAAAAACAACAUGAAACACCAAAUAGUGUGUGUGAAACUUCUGGCGGUGCUGUGCUUGAGUUAAAUAGAUUGUAGCUAGUUUGAGCUUCUUUUAACUUUAUACUAAUUUUGAAAAUAACUCACCUUUUUAGGUAUUCUUAAGAAAACAAGUAAACUGGUGUUUAAGAGUUGUAUCAAAAGCUGUGUCUGAACUGGGUGAAAGAGGUACUACAUGUUCUAGAGAUGUUGCUUAGUCUGUACCAGGAGUUCUUUAUGGGAGCUUGUCCUAGGCACACAUAGCCUGGAGCAAUGUUAUUUCUCUCAGACCUACAAGUAUAAGAAAUGUAACAACUGCAAGUUUAAAAUACCAGUAAGCUUGCAAACCUUAGUACUGUAUGGGAGCUGUAUUCCCUGCCAGUGGCACAAAGGCUGAGCACUUACACACCAAAAAUUUUUUUGGUAUGUUGUUACCUAAUUCCUGGUUAAAAACGCAGUUCACGUGUUUUGGGUGGUCAGUGUGUGUGUGUGGAAGAGACAAAACUGAAAGCACUGUUAGGUCAGAACUGAGUGUUUUCUUCUUCCCAUUUGUUUCUGCACAUGUUACUCUCCUACAUACAAAGGUUGAAUGACAACAAAACCAACACCUGGGUACAGCUCACCGAGAUAUUGUACUUCUCUGGGUAUCUGUUAAUUAUCAGUUAGGGACCACUGUUAGUGUAUGGUGUUUCAUAUAAUAUCACUUAAGAUCUAAGUUUAAAAAAGAUAGAGGCACAAUUCCAAGCUUUGAUGUUCUCAUUUGGCAAUAAUUGAUUUUAGUAUCUGUCUUGGUCAAAAUAGUUGACAUUGUGUGGUAUUGAUAACAUGGCCUAAAGCAGACCUUAUAUACAGAAGCUCUUUUGAUCUUCAGGCAAACAAUUAGUUUAUUAGAAAGUAGGAUAAGCUAAGGACAGAAAAGGUGUGCUAUUAUCAAAAUUCCAGCCUUGACGGGAAUAAUUCUUGGUCACUGAAUUUACUCACAGAGAAAAACAUUAUGGUUGUAAAAAGGGAGCCAUGCUUUAUAUGUGUGUUUUAUGCUGAAGACUUUGAUUCUUGCUUUGAGUUUCCUUGACGUCACCUAGAUAUAGUUUCCUGGAUAAUCAGUCUUUCUUUAAUCUUCAAAAACAUGAUCUCUGCAAAGCAAGGAAACGUUGUCCAAAAUAUGACUCCGAUAUCAGAACUUUGAAGACUGUGAAAAAGUAGUAAGUGUUCCAUUGACAUUGUGGUUUAGUGGCCGUAAAUACGCUUGCAGAUUCCACCUUGAAAUAUGCCUUUUAAAAAGAAACAAGCUACUGCCAGUCUGUAGCAGAGUUCUCUGACUGUCCUAAUAAAGGUUUCUACUAGUAGUUAUUAUUU